GUCAAACGAAACCGAGUAAAACACAAGAACCAUAGUGCAUUGCGAACUCGCUUUGACAAUUUCGGUUCACUCUUUUCCUGUUGCCACUUUGCAACAGCGGCGAGAUGUUCGGUUAUGUUAUAUUUAGGAGUGUCAUGCUUUUAAAAACCUUGACAAACGUCACAGGCCCACACUUCAAAGGCUCGCCGAAACAUUGUUAGCGUUUCUUUCCUCCAUUGUUGAGCUCGAAGAAUGUCGUCGAGUUCAGGCGGGUGGACCGAGACCGUGAGCCCGGACCCGUCUGCUUCGCUACCCGGCUUUGAGGCCUCGCGGUCCACCCUGGAGGGUCACACAGUCCUGAUGUCGGUUCGGGUAUCGGUGUGCCACUCUGGUAUCCGACCGCUGUGUCUGCCAGGAGCUGGCGAGGAGUCGCUAUAUUUACAACUCAGCAUGGACCCUGGGAAGUCCGGGGAAUUCCGACUCUCGCUCCGGGACAGCAGCGGAACUGCCCGAAGUGUGACCAUCGCCGAUUUUGACCUGCGGACAGUGAACUACGAGGUGAAGUCGCCCAAGUGCCAUGAGCUCAGCCUGGCCGCCCCCCCUCACGACAAGAUGAGCUUCAACUUCCGCUGUGAGCAGGAGGCCCAGGAGUGGGCCACCGUGGUGGUCUCGUCACUAAGAGAAGCGCAAAGGGUGGCCGAGGCCUUGUCCUCGAAUGACCCCCUGGUUCCCAUGGAGACGCCAGGGUCUGAGAGCUUGAUAGCCCUGCAGUGCACAGAGGACUCGUGUGUGGAGCUGAGCAGAGCUAUCGAGGUGGGGGAUGUGUCGGUGGCCUCCAGCCUCGCUGCCGCCCUGGCCCGGCAGAACGCGGCUCUGAGGAUCCGCCCCGCGCCCCGGAGCGGCCCGGACCAGGAGCUCCGCUUGGCUGUUGUAGUGGAGGAUUGUUCCUCUUCCUGUUCCGUCACGGUCAAAGUCUUCCCCCACUCCACUAUUGCAGCCAUUAAACAGCAGGUCUUCCUGGAGUACGGGUUCCCCCCGAGGGUCCAGCGCUGGGUGAUCGGCCAGUGCCUGUGCGCUGACCAGCGCUCCCUCGCCUCGUACGGCGUGCGUCGGGACGGCGACACGGCCUACCUUUACCUGCUGUCGUCACGCACCGCCCGCCUGUCGCCUCAGCCAGCCAACCUCGACCAGGAGGGCACCAUCGGGGCCUCCUGGUCGCAGGGUCAUCUGGCCUCCAGCACCCUGCCUCCCAGACUGGGCCCCGGCAGCAGCCCAGGAACGGCUGGUCUUUCAGCGGGAACCGAGAGAGAGAAUAUCUCUGAAAUCAGAGAGCUCAUCAACUUGGAAAUGCCUCAACUUGGUGAAGCACUGAGCAUCGGCAGAGUAGCAUCAGGCACACAGGGUUGGCCCUGCCCCUCCUGCACCUACAUCAACAAGCCCACCCGCCCGGGCUGUGAGAUCUGCAGCACGGGCCGCCCCGAGGGCUACGCCAUCCCGGGGGCUUACCGGCCAGACCACCUGGAGCUCAGACGCAUCCAACAGGAGAAGGAGGCCGUCAGACAGUACCAACAGGCCAGGGAGGCGGAGCGCAGGGAGAACUUUGCCCGGCUGGUGCAGUUGGAUGGCCAGGAGGUGGUGUGCAACCCUGAGGCAGUAGACUGUAGGAUCUGCUAUGGGGACCUCCAGCCGGGCCAGGGUGUGCUGCUCAGGGAGUGUCUCCACUGCUUCUGCCGAGAGUGCUUGCGCUCUGUGAUCAUGCUAUGUGAGGACCCAGAGGUGGCGUGUCCCUACAGAGACGAGACGUACUCCUGCUCCUGCACCCUGCAGGAGCGAGAGAUCAAAGCUCUGGUGUCCGGGGAGGAGUACGGCCGCUGGCUGCAGCGCGGCCUGCAGGUGGCGGAGUCGCGCUGCGAGGGCAGCUACCACUGCGCCGCGGCGGACUGUCCCGGCUGGUGCGUGUACGAGGACACGGUCAACGUCUUCCACUGCCCCGUCUGCCGCCAGCACAACUGCCUGCUCUGCAAGGCGAUCCACGAGGGCAUGAACUGUAAGCAGUACCAGGACGACCUCACGUCCAGAGCCAUAAACGACUCAGCGGCCAGACGCACCAGAGAUCUGCUCAAGACCCUGGUGCAGUCGGGGGAGGCCAUGCACUGUCCUCAGUGUGGCAUCAUUGUCCAGAAGAAGGAGGGCUGUGAUUGGCUGCGCUGCACUGUCUGUCACACUGAGAUUUGCUGGGUGACCAGGGGGCCACGCUGGGGCCCCGGGGGUCCCGGGGACAACAGCGGGGGAUGCCAUUGCAACAUCAACAAGCAGAAGUGCCACCCCAAAUGUCAGAACUGCCACUAGGCCAGUGACCUGGUGUUGAGGCUCUGGAGAGAAGUCAAUCCAGAGCUGGCAUCUCAAGGGAAGUGUCCAUGGGAAAAUCUAACAGCACAAAACAUGUUUACCUCCUCGUUGGUAACCUUGCGCUUGUCAUCGAUUAAAAAACACAAUGCAGUUUGAAUAUUUUCUUGGUUCAGCAGUGGCACUGGAGGGCUGAUGAUGUUUGAUGCUUAACCAUUUAACUUUUUGAAUUGUGUUGGUUAGCUUGCCUUACAAGUGCCUCUAGUUGUGAACAGGUGUCGGAAGAAGCAGGUAAUGUAGUGUCUUGGCCUUUUUAAAGAAAAUAAAUAAAUAUAUAUAUAAAUAUAUAUGCACUGCAAAUUGAGCAAUACAGACAGGUUUUUGUUUUUUGUUUGUAUUUGUUUGGCUGUUAAAUAAAACGGAAGUGACCUUAUUUUUGUAGCCCACAAAUGAAAAUUACUGUUACAAGGAUAUAGUUUAUGGGAUAUUUAAUCGAAUUCCAUGUAAUCCUGAUAUUGUACAUUUUGCCCUAAAAUUAAACCAAAUCUAUACGGUGAGCGGAGUGUUUUUGGGUGUGCUUGUGAGUUUCAGUGUGAGACAUUCAGUUUGUUUACAUGCACAGCUUAAUCAGAUUAAAGCCAUAGUUCGACCAUGCGCCUCAAUCGGACCACUGCAAUUGUCAGAGUAUACAUGGCGGUGAGAAAAUCGAUUCAUUGGCCGAAGCAUUUCAUACCAUGGUAAGGUAGGUGGCGCUGUACCCAUUUCAACUAGUGGUAAAAGAGCCACCGGUUGAGCUCUUUACGUCACUAGCAACAACAAAUUCAGGUGGCAUUCGAGAAAGAUGUUUUCAGUAGGCAGCUGUCAGUUCACUUCAGGUCCAGGCCAUUUCUCGGACGCUCCAUUGUUCCGACUUCUCGGUCGUAUGCAGACUCCUCCGGCGGCGGCGGAGCAGCUCCUCCGGGAGCCCGCAUACGGCAGCAAUCCCUUUCCUCCAUGUCGCGUUUCAAUCUGGGUUUCAGAGAGUCAAAGCCAAUGUUCCUUUCCCCCAAUUCCUUCUCCACCAUGGCCGAGAUAACCCCCACUACGAGUCUUUACUUGUUGCUGAGGUACCAGAGAGUCUUAGAACCCAAUGCAGUCUUUAAGAUUCAUAAUAUCAGAGAAUAUCCCCAUCAGCAAUGACUGAAUAGAGAUCGUAAAAAAACAAGACACCGGCUUCCUCCAUCUUCUUCGCCACCUUUUUAAAUGAAUCUCAGUUUCUCAUUUUCUGACGGCGACAACAAGACUAUCGUCUCCUUAUACUUCCGGCUCAUGGCCCCCAGUAAAAUCUCGAGCAUGCGCGGAACGCAAAAUCCGUUUCCAAUCCGAUUGACCGUAUACAUGCACGCUUAAUUCGACUACCAAUCGAAUAAUAUAGGGCUCUUAAAUCGACUAAGAGCAACAAGAUUAGAUUCGACUUUAGUCAGACUAAGGUGUACACAUGCAUUUUAAUAAUCCAAUCAUAGUCGGACGAAGCCAAUCAUUCGAUUUUCUGGAGUGUCAUGUAAACGCACUGAUUGAGUCAGUGAUUUAUGAUAAUGUCUGGGCCUUUGUCAGAUAAAAUAACUAAAUAAAUAUGUCUGUUGACCAUUUUUUGUAGAAUUUCUUGGGGCAGCAUUAGCUCAGGUGGUAGCGCGGGUUCACUGGUAGUCGCAAGGUGAUCAGUUUGAUCCCUGCUCAGAACCGAGCCGAUUGUCGAGGGUCCUUGAGCAAGACACCUAACUCCCGAGCGCAGUUCAUGGCCGACCCCUCGCACCCAGGUCAUGGCCUCUUCAUCCCGCCUUCCUUCUGGGAGAAGGUUGCGGCUGCCUAGAACUGCAAAGACCCGUCACAGACUAAGUUUUUUUCCCCUCAGCUGCCAGGCUGGUAUAUGACUUUGGCUACCAACCAUAAAUGAUUCUGAUGAUCUGAGGGCGACAGAGCACGCGUCGGCGAGAUUAUUUUAGCAAUUUAAAGCUUUAUUCUAAUGUGGACAUUUGCUUAACAAAA